AUGGUGGAUGCUACCAAUACAUCCAGCUUCUUCACUUCUGAGUCGGGAGAUCACCCGCAACAUUUGACACAUACGAGAAAGUUGAUUCUUGUUCUGAUAGUCUGUAAUGGAAUAUUAUGCGUCACAUGCUCUAGCUCCAUUUACACGACCACAUAUGCCCAGAUUGAUGAAGAAUUUAAAUCAGACACGCUGCUAUCCACGGCAGGGCUCUCGUCAUUCGUUUUUGGAAUCGGAUUAGGGCCGUUGAUAACCGGUCCGCUGAGUGAGCAGCAUGGAAGACGCCCGGUCUACUUAAUAUCAUGGAUUUUGUUUAUCAUAUGGACGAUUCCAUCAGCAAUUGGGAAAAAUAUCACCACUUUAAUCAUAACAAGGUUCCUAGCAGGGCUGGCCGGUGGAACGUACCUUUCUGUAGCCGGAGGUACCGUGUCGGACAUCUAUCCAAAAGAUAGAAUCAAGAUUCCCAUGGCUCUUGUCUCCGCGGCAGCCUUUAUUGGCCCAUGCUUAGGCCCUGUACUGGGCGGUUUCAUCAACUAUCACCAAAAUUGGAGAUGGACAUAUUGUUUUAUCUUGAUAUGGGCGGCUCUACUUCUCAUUGCAGUUUUAAUCAUGGUACCUGAGACACAUCGCCGAGUCAGGUCUUCACGCGAGUCAACAUCUGCAGGCAAGAAGGUUAGGGACACAGGUGCAACCGUUGCAGAUCCAGACGUCCGUUCGGAGCAACGUGACAGGCUGCUUCUACUGAGACCAUUGUAUUUACUGCUGUACGAGCCCAUGUGCACUAUUCUCAGCAUCUAUACCGCAAUUCUUCUUGGAAUCCUCUAUUUGUUUUUCGGUGGGAUCCCGAUGAUCGUCCAAGAAUUGUACGGCUUCAACGCCUGGCAGGCUGGACUAACGUUUCUGGGGAUAAUAUGCGGCAUGAUAACGGCGACCGUCGGUAUCAUGAUCUCCACUUACAGCUCUUGUAAGUCACCAGUGUCUAGGUUAGUAUCAACCAAAAAUGGCCAGCCAGAACGACAUCUGCCUCUUGCUAUCUUUGGUAGUAUCCUCAAUCCGUUGGGACUAUUUUGGUUUGCCUGGAGCACAAGGUCGGAUAUUCACUGGAUGCUGCCAAUCACAGGCUCUGCAGUUUUUGGAUGUGGGACAAUCCUUACGUUUUCUGGGAUAUUCACCUAUCUGGUUGAAGCAUAUCAUAUGUAUGCCGCAUCAGUGCUGGCAUCAAAUGGUCUUUUGCGUUGCACGUUUGCAGCAAUAUUUCCAUUGUUUGGAGCAAAGAUGUAUAACAGCCUUGGGUUCACGUGGGCCAACACUGUGCUUGCAUUUAUGACAGUUUUAUUGAUGCCUUUCCCAUAUAUAUUCUUCAUAUUUGGCCAGAGGUUAAGGAUGAAGAGUAAUUUUGCUAGAGGUAGCGAGAUAUUGGGGUGCAGAUAGGCUAGGGAAUUAUCAAACCUUCUACAAACCGUGUAUUUCCUUAGUGUAACUUCCGAUAGCAGCAUUUUGUUCGCAACUUCAGGACAGGAAUGAUACACACAUUUAGACCCAAGCAUCAUGAGCACCAUCGAAAGGAUCUGAUAGCAUUGGCUCUAGGCUGUCUUGAAGGAACAUGUCAAUAUCCAGAGUAUCUCCGAGAGGUGAUUCUUGCAGGUUGGCAACUGCCAACGUGUCGGGAUUCGGGAGGAUGCGCCCUCCAACCUCGCAAACUGCGGGAUCAGGCUCGUUCUCAGUGUAGAUACCGCUAGAUACCCACUGGUCUG